AUGCGCGCCUCAGCUCUCCUCGGCUUCUCCGCGCUGGCGCUGGCAAACGCGGCCGCCAUCAGGCCCGCAGCGCCCAAACCCCAUGCCGUCCCCGCCACCUGGGACGGCAAGUGCUGGUACCCGACGGCCGACAGCGGGUUUCAGUUGGAGUCGUACCUCCUCGGGCGCUGGUAUCAAGUAGCCGGCACCCUGGUUCCCUUCACGGCCGGCUGCAGAUGCAUCAGCGCGCAGUACACGCUCAACGCCAAUGGCACCGUUCGAGUCGACAACUCUUGUGAGAACAGGGGCAAGUUCGAAAGCAUCCUCGGCACGGCGGCUCCCGCAGAUGCCACGUACGGGGCCGACGGGGUCUUCCGGGUCCAGUUUCCCGGUCGGCCUGCUUCGAAAUGCCCGGGGCCGAAUUACAUUGUUCAAGAUUAUACCGGAGACAUUGCCAUCGUGCAGUCCAGCAACUUUAGUACCCUCUUUAUCCUUAGCAGGAAGCAGCACCUGGAGGACAAGGUUAUUGAUGCUUGGAUCCAGCGCGCUGGACUGCUGGGCUCGGAUUUGACCAAGGUGAAGAAGACGGACCAGUCAAACUGUUCACCCAAGUAG